AUGAAGUCUUUGGCGUUACAACUCUUUCUUCUAGCGUCUUUUGCGCCCUGUCUUAUCUCAUCUCAGGACGCUCCUCUUCCGGCUGAGAAUCCUGUUAGCACGUCGCUUGUGUUUGUCACCCAUGGUCCCCCGAGGCCUGUUAUACCGCUGCCUGGAGAGUCAGCAACCUCUUUAGCAGGCCUUCCUGGGAAUAAUGAGCCAAACCCAACCUCCUUACCAGUAACUGAGCCAGUUACUCCAGGCCAACCAGUUGCUACUUCGGUCCUUGGCAAUGACCCGGGCUCAGAGCCCGCAGAUCAGCCAUCCGAGCCUCAGCCUACCACUCUUCCAGCGGAAGCCGCCCCUGGGGUUGAUGAGACUGCAUUCCUUCCGAGCACUGGACCAGAAGGAGGCGCUCUUCCAGAGACUCCUGGUGCUGGCCAGCUCCCAACUACCUCGCCCUCAGACCCAGUUCAAACGUCUGUCAAUGACGGAAAUGGUGAGCCGAACCCCGGUGAAGAUCCGGAUGCAACUGAGUCGGGUUCACCAGAGACCAAUAGUCCUGGUGAUGGCGACGGCAUUGCUUCAUCUACUGCUACAUCUGCCAGUCAAGAUGAGAAUUCAUUACCCAUUGAUGAAAAUACUCAGCCCGUCGUUUCUCAGACCCAAGCACCUUCUGAGGGAGGAAGCACUGUAACUCAGGAUGUCCCUAUGCCCCCACAAGUCACCUCAGAAGCUGCUGAUCCAAAGUCAACUGCCGAGGGUGAUGGGCCGCCUGUGACAGCUGCCCCUGGAGCUGAAACCGAAGGAGAACUAGCGUCAGUCACGGGAACUGAUGACGAAGUCAUUACUUGGAGUGCGGUUCAAGACCCUGAGCAUACAGACAAUACGGAAACAAUUACUCAGACUGAUGAUGACGGAGUCAUUAUCCCCAUAUUCCCUGGAGGCUGGAAGUGGUCCCGACUUGACGGUCUCAAAGGUGGGCCAUUGCCGACCGGUAAUCCCAAGCCAAUAAGCAAUGGUAAGGAUGACCCUAAGGAUGAUGAUAAAGACGAGGACGACGAUGAUGAUGACGAUGACGAGGAGGAGUGUACUACGACCGCUCCCCCCAAGUGCACUUUGACUCUCUCAUACUACACAGGCGAAGACGGUGAGGGAACAAGCACCCGUAUCGGCAGUUGUGCCCCAGUCACAGGAUGCGUUUCCGGGGAACAAAGCACGACAACCACUACAAUCGCCUCGGAUGUCCCUCGCAUUACUGGCAUUUUGGAGAAAGAUAACUCCGGAAGGGAGGAUAUUGAUCUAGGUCCCAUGGAGGAAGACACCGUGAAGUACUUUUCUGAAAUGUUCAAGAAAUGGGGCAUAUCAAGCAACAGCACGGAGGCUGAGCCGCCUCAGCCUUCAUGUGAUAUGUAUGCCUAUGGAGCUGAUGCUGACUGCAUGGAGUUGUUUUCAGCCUCCUUCUGCGAUGCUGUAGAUGAGGACAAUAACGAGACAGUUUCACGAAAUUUCACCUACGAUGAUGUUGUUGGAGAUGCCAAGAGGGCCGUCGCCACUGGGGCAGAGAGAAGAAGCCUGUGGCGUCGACAGUCGAAGUGCUCAUCACAUGAAUUCGACUUUGAGUGGACAGGCGGUGGUGGCUCCUGCGAUCUCUCUUGUUCCAAAGCAUACUCGCAGCUUCAAACUCAGUGUCACAGAUCACUAUACUUUGCUGGUUUGGCUACAAAAGGGAGCAUAGAUGUAGGAUGCGGGACCUACAGCUACCGCGUCUCCAAGAAGGUUGAAUCGCCACCCUCAGGUUCAGCAACGACCACUUCUGAGGCCAAGCCAAAGACAGCAGAACCAAAGCCCACGACUACCGAGGUAACGUUCGAGGUCCGCAAUCUACAGUGCAAUAACGAGGAUGACUUUCGAGGCCAUGCCGACAUUUCAGACCGCGCUGUGUAUAAGGUGAUUGAGGAUGCGUGCUCCCACUCCAGCCAUGAGGAUCUAUACAUGACGCCUGACUCGGAACCUUAUGUGAAGGAAUUUGAGGACAUUGAUACACACAAGCACCGAGUGACUUGGUCUUGGGUAGAGGGAUGCAGCAUGAAGGACGACAAGGUUAAGAUCUUUGAUCCGCUCGAUGAAGGGAUACUGCCUGGAAAUAAUACUCGCUGCGGGAUCAUCAUGGGAGACACUUGGUGGGAUUGCAACAACGGUGGCGUGGGAGGUUCAGAAGAUGUCGGUUGUGUUCGGUACAAGCUAGACUCCGGUAUAUGA